UGACGUCAGGAGGUCAAAGUUGAUCGGUUGUGUAGCAGUUAGCACAGCCACAGCUUUCACACUGAGCUUCAUCUCUCUAACAUCGUCACUGCAGACAUCAAGAGGCAGAAAUGUUACUCUCGUCAUUACGGACCACUUUUUUGUGCGGCUGUAGAAAUGCAGGCAGGGGACUUCAACACAGCAACACUCGGAGUCCACAGCUACGACAAUGGCUUGUGAAGAGAGGUCAGAGCACCAUCACAGCGGAGGCGGGGGCCUCCUCCGCCCCAGCAGCAACUACUGUCCCCAACGCAGCCUCGAAUCGCAUACUAGGUCGCUGGUUGGUCGGCUGCAGCGGGCUGGUGGUUGGGGCUGUUGUCUUAGGUGGUGUCACAAGGCUAACAGAGUCUGGGCUUUCCAUGGUUGACUGGCAUCUGGUGAGGGAAAUGAAGCCACCGCAGUCACAAGCAGAGUGGGAGGCUGAGUUUUCCAAGUACCAACAGUUUCCUGAAUUCAAAAUAAUGAACCGUGACAUGACUCUGCCUGAGUUUAAGUUUAUCUUCUACAUGGAGUGGGGUCAUCGGAUGUGGGGUAGGCUGGUUGGACUUGCAUACAUUCUCCCCACCGUUUACUUCUGGAGGAAAGGAUAUUUCAAUCGCUCCAUGAAGGGGAAAGUGCUCGGGCUUUGUGGAUUUGUCUUCUUCCAGGGCCUUCUGGGGUGGUACAUGGUAAAGAGUGGUUUGGAGGAGAAGCCUGAGUCUUAUGACGUCCCACGGGUCAGCCAGUAUCGUCUGAGUGCUCACCUUGGUUCAGCCUUGUUGCUCUACUGUGCCAGUCUCUGGACAGGACUUACUCUGCUGCUGCCUACACCCAAGUUGACAGAAUCCAAACGUCUCCUGCAGCUUCGGAGGUUUGCCAAGGGCACUGGUGGACUCGUCUUCCUUACUGCUCUUUCAGGUGCUUUUGUUGCUGGUUUGGAUGCUGGGCUGGUGUAUAACUCAUUCCCUAAGAUGGGAGAACGGUGGAUCCCUGAUGAUCUGCUGGCAUUCUCUCCUGCCCUCAAGAACUUCUUUGAAAAUCCCACAACUGUGCAGUUCGACCACAGAAUAUUGGGGAUCUCCUCUUUGGCUGCGAUUACAGGCCUAUAUAUGUUCUCAAGGAGGAUGAUCCUACCCAGGAGGGCUAAGAUCGCCAUCGGCCUUCUCACAGCAAUGGCUUAUGGACAGGUUGCCCUUGGAAUCAGCACCUUGUUACUGUAUGUCCCCACUCCUCUGGCAGCAACUCACCAGUCAGGCUCUGUAGCUCUUCUCUCACUGGCCAUUUGGGUUCUGGCAGAGCUCCGCAAGAUGCCCAAAUAAAGGCCUGCUCCUUUAUGGAUAAAUACAAUCCCUACUAGCCACGCCUCAAACUUCUAAGAGUGAGCAUUGACUUUGAACGAGGCAUUGAAGUGACAAAAAGAGGCAUUAAACACUGGACUUUUAUGCAUAUGAAGUAUCUGUCCUGUGGUGAAUAAUGUGACCACAAAGUUAUUACAGCAGUGGUGCAAUUGUAAAAAAAACAACAACAAAAAAAACACAAUCUGUCAUGGCUGAGGAAUUGACUGAACCAUUUGUGAAUUCAUGCUGUCAUCAGAAGAUGACAACUCUGAAGUUUUUUGUUUUGAAUUUGGAGACAUGCAAGAAGAAGAUUCCAGCAGGAUUUCCAUUGAAGGCUACAUAUUUUGCAGUCAGGAAUAUCAAAAGUAAACUCGAUUACUGUUUUUGUUCAUGUACAAAAUUUACUUACCAGGUGGUUACUCAACUGUUGCCUUGUCAAACACUGCCUGUUAGUAGAAUCAGAUGUGGCUGUUGGGAUUAGAUGACUAUGUAUAUUUAAAAUUUGAACCGUUUCUUUCUGACUUUGUGAUGAAUGAUGAGCUUUUUGAUCAUUGCUUUGUACUGUAUCUUUAGAAAUGUCAAGCUGAAAGCACUGUCUUAAUUUAAUAAAGACAAUUAUGUACAGUC